AUGGAACACUACCGUUCUCGGGCGGCUAUUUCCCAUGAGCUCGUGGUCGUCUAUAUCCUAUCGGGCGAUGACGAACAAGUAAAGGCGGGAAAGAUCGAUUCAAGAGUAAUGGUUAUCGAACCAUUCAAUCAGGGAGAGAGAUCUGAAAGCGCAACCAAGAACACAGAACGUUCAGUUCGAGAUCAAGAAGUGAAGGGCUAUGGCACAAGUGACGCCGACCUUGUCUCAUUUGGGGCUGACCUCAAAGACACUGGUCGCAACCUUGAUAAAUACGACCUUGUACAGAAGCUCGAUAUACCACCGUGA